UGUAGUAUCUAACGUGUGGAAGAGUCUAAGGUCGACAAUGUUUGCAACAUUUCGUCCCAUUUCAGAUCAUUUCGGUACUCAUCUGGAAACCAAACAUCCUGGACGCUUUAUAUUUUUUCAAGCGUUUGUUCGUUAGGCGGCUUGUUCAAAUUUGUACUAUAUUAACCAUGCCACGAAAAAGACCAACACGUGCUAAGACUACACGUGCAAAGCCAAAGUUAAAUGACACAGAUGAAGUUGUUAAUGGCAUGACAGCUGAAGAAAGAAAAGCAAAACUUGCAAGCAUUACCAAGGACUUUGACUAUAAUGUGGAAAAUAUCUGCACCCAGUAUGAUGAAGAGCUUGAAGCUUUACAGUCAGAAAUUGAGAAACAUUUCUACCACAUACGUUGUAAACUCUCAUCUAUGGAGCUACAGCUAACUGUAGAGAAGUACAUAGAAUUCACGCUUUCCGAGGAAGAGGAGAAGCAAGACACAGUUACCAUGCCGAUGAGUAGAACAACAGCUAAUAUACCAUCAUCAUUACAAAAUAGUAAAAAUGCACUGAGUAAAUACAAGUCCCGACAGAUGAUCGAGACUAUACCAGAGGAGGGAGGUUCAGGUGGACAACAAACUACUACUAAACGGCAAGGAAGAAAAAGAGUUGCAGCAAAUAAAGGACAGGGAGUUACCUUCAAUGCUGAACCUUUAUCUUCAGCUCAGAACAAUUUCAUCACCCCAGCAGCACAGAGAAACUUUGCAACCACAGGUUGGGGAGCUACUCCACUAGUCACACCAAAGUUUGAUCCCAGGUUGCCAAUCACUCCAGCCAAUUCACGCAAAGUGAAACCAGGUGAAGUGGCCAUGUCUCUUGCAGGCAGCCCUCUCAAUGUAGAAAGCACUGGCAGAAGUAAGACCCUGGUGUUAAACAAUGGAGAAGAGAUAGACAUAGAAAUUCCAGAUCGUGCCAACAUUAACAGUCUCAUGUCAACCCUGAGAGAUAUCAUGAAGAAAGGACAGGAUGCACAAACAUAAUUUAUAUACAUGUCUUACUGCAUUCAAUUCAUUGUUUAUAUGUACAGAAUGACUUUUAUUUUAUUCUAAUAUGUGAUACUUAGGGGAGAAAAAAGAGAUAUAGCAUAUGGCAUGGAACAUUAUCCAUGAAAUUUCAUGUAACAAAAUGUUCAGCUAAGAGCAUUUCUGCUUAAGUUAGUAAAAGUGUUUUCCAUGAAUUUCUGUAUAUGGUGAUAAAUAAAAAUACUUCUAGAAUAUGGGUUAAGAAAAUCAAGAGUAUAACUAAGAAUACUGCAGAUGAUGCAGUUUAUCCCCUAUGUAAGCGAAAACUUCAUUUGCAAAGAUCUUUUUUUUUCUGUUACUUUUUUUGUAAUGGCUGGUUGGAAAGCCUGAACCAGUGGUAAUCAUGAUUUGUAUUGAUUGCUUCUACUUGAUACAACUGUCAUAAUAACAUUGUGCCGCCUUAUUGGUAAUGACGUUGCCUAUAAUCAUAGAUGAAUAAUGUUCAUAUUAGGGAUGGGAACGAAUAUUCGAAUAUUCGAAAAUCGGUCGAAUAUUCGAAUAUGAAAAUCAGAUUCGAAUAUUCGUAAAUUAUUGUAUUUUUUUUUCCAAAAAAAGUAUCAUUGAUUUUGGGCAAUAUGAGCAUGCUAAUUCUACAGAAUAAAACCAUGUCAUGUUUGUUUAUCGAGUAUCAAAAGAUGUCCAAUUAAGAAGAAAAUAGUUGGCAGGGCCAUCGUUACGGAUUAACAGUUUACAACAGGCGUCAAUGUGUCAGAUGCAUGUCAAAAGAUGUCCAGUUAACAAGACAAUUACCUGGGUUCAUCGCUACAGAUUAACAGUUUGUAUUAGGCGUGAAUGUGAUAUCUUUUUUAUCUUUUGUUCAUUUUUAUUGGCGCCUGUUUUAUGUAACAAGUUGUAGAAUUUUUUUUUUCGAAAACAAUACCAAACUUGUAGAUAUUGCCGAUCUUUUCACAAUAUUUUGUACGACGUUUCAGACCAUCCGCAGAAUCGGUUUUCAUCCGCAAUCGGCCGUAUUCGAAUUAAAUUUUGAAGUACUUUAUAAUAAAAUCAAGACAUAGCAUAUGAUUGAUGCAUUAGUUCAUGUUGAAGGAGGUUUAAGUCUGCCUUACUUGCUUUUUACACGACGAUUUUUACACGCCGAUUGAAAAAUUUCAAAAUGGCGGCGGUAAUACAACAGUGCGUCACGUGUUUAAAUGGGACGACCUGCUAUUUUUAAAUAAAAUUGCGACGGUCUAAAUUAUAACCGUUUUGAUAUUUUUGUAUCAUUUUGAAGCUAAAACACCGAAUUAGUUAAAUAUGUUCAUGAUUAUACUGACAGAAUCGUGAAAUAAAACGCUAGGAUCGGCGGGUUUUGCUAGGUAGGAUCGGGUUACCCGAAACAAACAUUUGUUGGUCUUAUUACGUACGAUGAUCCACGCUUUAAACAAAUGAAUACGUUGUGUAUAUGCCAAUCACUUAAUAAGAAUUUAAAGCUUCCAUUAAAAUAAACCGAAUAUUCGAAUAUAUUCGAAUAAGGCAAACCGAAUAUUCGAAUAUUGAUUUCAGUAUUCGUUCCCAUCCCUAGUUCAUAUACCUGUACUGAAAUCUUUUGUUUGAGCAGCACCAUGAGAAAACCAACAUAGUGCGUUUGUGACCAGCAUGGAUCCAGACCAGCCUGCGCAUCUGCGCAGUCUGGUGAGGAUCCAUGCUGUUCGCUUUCAAAGCCUGUUGCAAUUAGAGAAACCGUUAGCGAACAGCAUGGAUCCUGACCAGACUGCGCGGAUGCGCAGGCUGGUCUGGAUCCAACCUGGUCGCAAAUGCACUAUGUUGGUUUUCUCAUGGUGCGGCUCAUUUCAGUAUUUACAUUCAGUAUGUCCUUAUCUGUCAUAUUUUCAUAUUACAGCAAAGUAGGGUCAGAAAUAAAGAUAUUAGAGCACUUUUCCGGGUAUUUAUUGACCGCUCCUCGUAGAUUCAGGUAAUGACAUGGUACCUUAACUGAUACUUUUAUUACUUGUCCUGUAGCAAUGUAAUGUGAACUUAUUAGCUCAUCUGAUUUUUUGAAAAAAAAUGAUGAGUUAUUGUCAUCACUUGAGCGGUUGUCGGCGUCGGCGUCGGCAUUGCCUGGUUAAGUUUUAUGUUUAGGUCAGCUUUUCUCCUAAACUAUCAAAGCUAUUGCUUUGAAACUUGGAAUACUUGUUCACCAUCAUAAGCUGACCCUGUAUAGCAAGAAACAUAACUCCAUCUUGCUUUUUGCAAGAUUUAUGGCCCCUUUUGUACUUAGAAAAUGUCAGAUUUCUUGGUUAAGUUUUAUGUUUAGGUCAACUUUUCUCCUAAACUAUCAAAGCUUUUGCUUUGAAACUUGGAAUACUUGUUCACCAUCAUAAGCAGACCCUGUACAUCAAGAAACAUAACUCCAUCUUGCUUUUUGCAAGAAUUAUUGCCCCUUUUGGACUUAGAAAAUCAGUUUUCUUGGUUAAGUUUUAUGUUUAGGUCAGCUUUUAUCCUAAACUAUCAAAGCUAUUCCUUUAAAACUUGCAACACUUGUUCACCAUCAUAAGCUGACCCUGUACAGCAAGAAACAUAACUCCAUCCUGCUUUUUGCAAGAUUUAUGGCCCCUUUUGGACUUAGAAAAUAUCAGAUUUCUUGGUUAAGUUUUAUGUUUAGGUCAACUUUUUCUCUUAAACUAUCAAAGCUAUUGCUUUAAAACUUGCAACUCUUGUUCACCAUCAUAAGCUGACCCUGUACAGCAAGCAACAUAACUCCAUCCUGCUUUUUGCAAUAAUUAUUGCCCCUUUUGGACUUAGAAAAAUGGUUGAAUAUUAUGUUUAAGUCAACUUUUCUCAUAAACUAUCAAAGCUAUUGCUUUAAAACUUGCAACAGUUUUUCACCAUCAUAAGUGGACACUGUACAUCAAGAAACAUAACUCUAUCCUGCUUUUUGCAAGAGUGAUGGCCCUUUUUAGACUUAGAAAAUCAUGGGUAGGACAAUAUUUCUAUUACACAAAAAAAAUCAGAUGAGCGUCAGCACCCGCAAGGCGGUGCUCUGGUUUUACAAUGUCAUUGGCUGCAUAACAGUUACUGUUUGUUUUGUUCAGGUUGCUUUGUCUGAAAACUACAUUAAAUAUGUAAGAAUAAUGUACUACCUAACUGCUUUUCAUCAUUAGAUGGGCCUUAAUGGGGAUUUAAAAGAAAAGAUUGAAAAAAAAAAACAGCAUUGGAAAAGUAUUAAAGUCAAAACCAAAUAGUUAUAAUUUAGACCACAGCUUUUAAAAUAAAACACUUAUGAAUGAUGUUUGCAAUCAUAGAAACAUUUCUUCCUGAAAGUAUUUAAGAAUUAGAUAAUACCAGAAGCAAACAUUGUUAUAAAACAAAGUUGAUGUGUUUUUAACAGCAUUUUGAUAUUAAGUGCAAUUCUUCUCAUUGUUACUAUGUGUUAUGGCAAUUAGGAAAAAUGACUUGUGUCAAGUUAUUUUUAGCUCGACUGAGGAAUGGUGAGAGCUAUUCUAUGUUGACAACACAACUUGUUUGAAGUUUUGCAUGCAAGAACAUAUGUUCAUAACUGUUGCAUGUAUUGGAUUGAAACGCUUAACUGAAUAGUUGAGCUGUCUGUCUAAUUGGCAGCUUUUGUUUAAUAUUGUUUCUCAGCAAAUGUAUAUGUUUUGUUGGCCAGUCUUUUCAUAAUAUGUAUCAGCUCAGAUAUCAGAUUUUCAAAACUCAAAAUCACACUAUACUUAAAAGAUAUUAUUUUUGUCUGAACCCUAAGGUCAUAAUGCAGUGACUAUAUACAUGUAUGUAACAAUUUUGAAACAUGUCAUGGAAACAACAUGAUUUUCAUGAAUAUGAUCAAAUGUAAAUAAUAGUUUUUAUCCUGUUUGAUAUUAAGUAAUUUUAACUGAAUUUUUAAAGUAAAGAAACUGUUUUAUUCUGAUUCAUUUACUGUUGUCAGAUAUAGUUACAGUUAUACAAAAGCCUUUUAGUUUUAGCUCACCUGUCACGAAGUGACAAGGUGAGCUAUUGUGACCGCUUGAUGUCCGUCGUGCAUCGUCAGUCGUGCUUCAUCCGUCAAAAAUUUCUAAAAAAAUCUUCUUGAAAACCACUGUGCAGAAUUACACCAAACUUCAUAGGAAUGAUCCUUGGGAGGCCCCCUUUCAAAAUUGUUCAAAGAAUUGAAUUCCAUGCAGAACUCUGGUUGCCAUGACAACCGAAAGGAAAAACUUUAAAAAUCUUCUUGUCCAAAACCACAGGGCCUAUAGCUUAGAUAUUUGGUGUGAAGCAUUGCCUAGUGGACCUCUACCAAUUUUUUUCAAAUCAUGACCCCGGGAUCAAAAUUGACUCCGCCCCAGGGGUCACUUGAUUUUACAUAGGAAAAUCUUAAAAAAUCUUCUCAAAAACCAGAAACCCUAGAGCUUCGAUAUUUGACAUGUAGCAUUGACUAGUGGACUUCUACUAAAGUUCAAAUCAUGACCCAGGGGGCUCUUGAUUUUACAUAGAUUUCUAUAGGAAAAUCUUCAAAAGUUUUUAAAAAAUAAACCAGAAGGCCUAGAGCUUAGAUAUUUGACAUGUAGCAUUGCCUAGUGGACCUCUACAAAAUUUGUUCAAAUCAUGACCCCCGGGGUCAAAAUUGACCCUGCCCCAGGGGUCACUUGAUUUUACAUAGGAAAAUCUUCAAAAAAUUUCUAAAAAUAAACCAGAAGGCCUAGAGCUUUGAUAUUUAACAUGUAGUAUUGCCUAGUGGACCUCUACAAAAUUUGUUCAAAUCAUGACCCCCGGGGUCAGAAUUGACCCGCCGCAGGGGUCACUUGAUUUUACGUAGGAAAAUCUUCAAAAAAUUUCUAAAAAUAAACCAGAAGGCCUAGGUCUUAGAUAUUUGACAUGUAGCAUUGCCUAGUAGACUUCUACAAAAUUUAUUCAAAUCUUGACACCCAGGGUCAAAUUGACCCUGCCCCAUGGGGUUACUUGAUUGUAUAUAGAAAAAUCUUCAAAAUUUGCUAAAAAUAAACCAGAAGGCUUAGAUCUUAGAUAUGUAACAUUGCCUAGUAGAUGUCUGCAAACUUAGUUCAAAUCAUGACCCCCGGGGUAAAAUUGGCCCCGCCCCAGGGGUUACUUGAUUGUAUAUCGGAAAAUCUUCCAAAAAAUUUCUAAAAAUCAUCAGUUUGACAUUUGAAACAUGUAGCUCAUAUUACUCAGGUGAGCGAUCCAGGGUCAUCAUGACCCUCUUGUUUGUUUUAAUACAGAGAAAAAAAUGGUAGAAACUAUGGCAAAAAUUUGCCAGACAGGCAACAAGCCUUUAUACAUUCAGUAGAUGUGCUUUGUUGAGGUAAAAACCUUGUGUGGAAUCUUUUUACAGCUAUUUGCAAUAGAUACUGUUAAACCAUUUAAUUUCGUGGGCAUAAAAUUUCGUGGUUUUGGUCAAAACGGCAAUUUUGUGGGGAUGUGAAUUCGUGGAUUUCAACUUUUGAACAUAAAAUAAAUGGGAAUUUUACUUGUUCGGAUUUAAUUUCUUGGAUUGACUCAACCACGAAAUCCACGAAAAUUAAUCCCCCAAGAAUAUUAAUGAUUUCACAGUAUGGUAAAAAAAAACAAAAACUUUUUGUUCAUUGUUUUGCAUAAUUGUCAACUUAUUGAAAUACCAGUUAUGUCAUUCACUGCAUGUAAUUUCGUAUUUAGUGUUUAUGCCAGGUUGUCACUAUUUUCUGUAUUGAAAUAAUACAUAAUUCCUGUAGCACAUUGUAUCUGUGCUUCUAUAUGUUUAACACUUGCUCUUUUGUAUUGAUUUACUGCAGGUCACUGGUUAUCAUUGCUUGUUUUACUAAAUUAUUUUAAGAAAUUACUUCUGGAUUUCUGCUGCAUGUUAAUGAAGGAUGGGCCAAACUUGUUGCUAGUGUACACAAGUCCUAAGGGGUGAAAAAUGGAUUUGAAACUAUUUUGGCACCAUUUCUCCUAAACCAGUAAUCUUACUUGUUUCCUGUUUACCUGCUGUCUUAGAAUUUUGCACACUGUUAGUUAGAGUGAGAGGCAAGCAAGCCAUAUUGUUGAUGUCAACUACACUGCUCCGAGGUAGGGGGAUUGAUACAAGUUUGAUCAGGAGACCUCGUGGGACCAGUAUUGGUUUCUGGGUAUAAAUUCAAGUUUGAACGCAAGUCUCUUAGAAUGCAGUUUUGCUAGUUGUCAAAAUCCUGCUUGGAAGCAACCAAAGUUGGGUGCUUUUAAAUUGUCAGCUUUAUAGCCGGGGUCAUCAGUUUUUCCAGAAAGAAGACUCCAAGUACCUUAGUACCUAAAGUUUAUUUAAAAAUACCUUUGUAUAUAACAAUACUUAGACAAUGGAAGUAAUAGAAGGGGUAAUGUGAUAGAAAUUUGGUGAUAUUUGCUGAAACUAAGAAUAUUUUAGACAUUUUGAUUUAAAUUGAGAUGUAGGAAUAUCAGCAUAAUAUAUGCCUAUUUGAAUGACCGUCAUUGAUUGCCUACAAGAUAUAUCACAAUUUAUUUUAAAGGAAAGAAUACUUGUAUGUGAACUGUAAAGCAUUUUACUUCACAUUGUAAUUCUUACUCUUUCUUUUUUCACGAGCCGUAAUCUGUUAUUAAAGCCAUUAAAAACACAAGCUUUUUUGUAAGAAAUUAUAGAACCGUGUUUUAAUAUGCCUGCAGAAUAAUUUUAAGGGAGUGUGCUUAAAGUGAUUCUAGGUGACUGGAAACUAGUUUGUUUUGAAUAUAUUAGAACAGGUUUCUGCUAUAUAUCAUUUCCUCUGUGUGUCUUUUUAUAUUAAAAAGAAGGAUAAAAUAAGAAAGCAUUUUUUCCUAGCACACAUGGUGCAAAAUAUUAGGUCAAUAUGUUAUUGUUUUAAUAUCAAGACACAGCAACAAGGUUAGAUGUCCCAAGGUAUGAUUUUGGGACUGUGUAAAUGUCUAGUAAAUUAUUUUUUGUGCCUAAAAACCAAUUUACAGUUAAUUGUAACACCGCACUUUCAUAUUUACUUAAUUCUAUACCACUUUGAUAUAGGAUUUCGAUGAUGAAAUUUUAUCAAUAUGAAAUAGAAGAUCAGAUAUGCUAGCAGUAUUUCUCAGUGCAACAUUAACUUUGCUAUGAUUUAAUGAAAAUAAACAUUAUUUCUUAUAUAAGAAUUUGCUGCAUUUCAUUUCCUAUGUGUAAAACAUUUAAUUCACAUGUCAACAAUUAAUAAAACUCUAGAAUUAUUUAGUUUUCAUUAUUUAAUAAUUUGAUCGAAUAUGGAUGUAAAACAGUUUGGAAUAAUUUACUUUUAUAUACCUGUUCAAUUUUUAAUGUAACAUUCAACUUGUACUUGAAUGAUAAUAAGUGUAUAUUGCCUGUUUAACUAAAUUGUACAAGUUACUGUCCAAGUAUUUAUUUCACUCGUAGAAAAAAAAACAUUUUCUGGUUAUGAAAGAAAUAUUAAAUCUUUUUACCAGUACAUACAUAAACAUUUUAGAAAUAAAACAGUAACAUGAUUAAAUAAAGACUCAAA